CCAUCCGCACGUUCGACGACGCGCGUCUCUCUUCUCCUAUCAUGAAGAUCUGAUCGACUAUUCUAUUAUAUAUACAUAAAAUAUAUAUAUAUAUAUAUUUGUGAUAUUUUCUGUCUCUUUUGUUACCUCGUUAUCGUGACUGGACACCGAGCCGAAUCUUCGAUCGACCACUCUGGAUCGACACUGGAUCGAAGUUAACUACACUGAAGUUAUCGAAAUAUGGACAUAUUCAAGAUAACGUUCAUUCUGACGGCGAUGACACUGGUCGCCUCGAACGCCGAUACCACGGAUCUACCGAAACCGAGCUACGCCAGAACGAUGCUGAAGGUAUCGCGAAGCCUUCCCGGCGAGACCGAAGAGUUGAAGGUGCGCACGAGCGAAGGGAACGUCGCCACACUGAUCGUGAAACGUAGGGAGAAAUCGGUGACGAACGAGACCGCCAUUUUGGAGGAUUUCGAAAAUUCACACAAUUCCGGUAUAAUAACAACAAACGCGGAGAACGGGACGUAUCGGAACGCGUCGAUGAAAUCCGAGGCGAAGAGCAAAGAGGAGGUGAAGAGGCUGGAAGACGCGCAGAUAGAGCAACUGAGGGCGAAACUGUCGGACGGGGCGGAGGGGCGGAAAAGCUUGUCGAAAGCUGGCAACGAAUCGGGGAGGGGGGACACGGACGAGNNNGAUCGACCGCCUAUCGGCGAGAGGAAUAUCGAUUACGGGAACUGGACGCCUCUGGGUAUGGACGGAAGGGCCGUGGUCCAGCUCGAGGAAUCGAGCACCGAGGAGUACCAGAAUUGGAAACCUCUUCGAGCCAACUCGAAGACGAGCACCGCCGCCACCACUACCGCGACCAACGAGGAGAGGUCGAGCUACGCGAGGUUCGAUCCUGUCUUUCCUGCCGGUGGAUUGCUGUUGUCGCGUCAUUUUCAAGACAGGUCUCAGAGGAAGCUGGAGUUGGGGGAGCGGGGAGAGAGCGAGGAGGGGGCGCGGUACGCGUUCCUGACGCACCAGGUGCGCUCGUCGAGGACCAACAUCGGGGCGAACGCGUCGAAGAACAGGGAUGGAAAGAACGUGCCGGCUGAAGUUAUGGUCAGGUCGGAGAUAAACGUGAAAACGAACCCGAAGAGGUCGGCGAUGACGUUGGACGGGGAUGGUACACCCGUGAUCCACGGGAAAAGAGUUCCGGACGAGCCGAUAGACAAGAUUCAAACAUGGCGGAACGCUCGGGUGAUCAACAAUAAAUUGAUCCACGAUGGGGGGGAAGGGACGAUGGGGGAUCCUAGUUCCAACUUUUAUCCGACGGAGAACGUUUUGGAGAGGCAAAGGUUCGAGAGGUUCUUCCAGAACGUGAAUAGAAGGUACGGUAAAGAGUACGAGGAGGAAGGGAAGAACGUGUUCUUCGAGUGGGAUCCUAAGAAUUAUAAAAACGAGGCGUUGAAAGCGGAGGUGUACGAGGCGAGGACGGACGGCUACCGAAGCAACGGGCGCAAACGAAUGCUCCACCCUGACGGCGUAUCCGUCUACCCCGUGUCCCAAUUGUACACGCCCGAGAGCCAGAAGAUAGCGCCGAUCGCCCUGAAACCGGGCGCAAGGGCGCCCGUCCUCCAAUACGCCCAUCCGGAAUUGGGCGUCCAACCGGCCAAGAUCGUGAAGAACGAGAAGAAACGGCCCGACAACUUCCCGGAGAAUCAAUACUCGUUCACGGAGCAAAGGCAGAAGAAGAAAUACGUGUUGAACGACAAGAAUAUCGUCGACACUUACACAACGAAGAACUAUUAUCCGAAUCAACAUUUCUACGGGUUGAAGAGGCCGAGCGACGCACCGUUCUGGGUGAAAAUCUCCGAGAACUUGAAGAAUCAAUUCUCGAACAGCGUGGAGAAGAUGUCGCAAUUCAUAGGAGCGGUCGCUGUCGGUAGAUACCUGGACGUGGACGUGUUGAAAAGGUCGGGCGACGCGAUGACAGGGACCGAGAUCGAGUAUCGAAGAGCUUUGGACGAGGGGGCGGGGGGCGGGGAACGAGAUAAAAGCGGAGGCAAAACGAUAUACGAUGGGGGCGUAUACUUGUUCGAGGAAGGGAAGGGGAAGGGCGAGGGGGACAAGGUUGGGAGCGAUCGAAACGGAGUUUUGUUGAUCGUCGAGGAAGAGGGUGGAGGAAAGGGGAGGGAGGACGGAGAAGAAAGGACGGAUUCGGAACGGAAUUUAAGAAGGAGACGGAGCCUUAAUUAUUUGGACGUGUUCCAGGCGGAGGGGAAUUUGAAAAAUUUGAUCAGGAACAAACGUCUUCAACGAAAGGGAGCCGAUUCGAUCAGCGAGAUCGUGGAGAUAGAUCUUCCAGCACGCGAGGGAAGCAUAGACGUGACGGAGUUUCUCGUCCCGAGGAGAAAGAUCGGGACGGAUCGGGUUGAGUCCUCCCCGAACGAGGAGGAGGAUUCCGCCAUUUUGAUAAUCGACAGUGGCUCCACGCUGGCUAAAUUUCUUCCCAACAACGAUUCGAAAGAUUCGGACUCGAAGAACUCUGUGGAGGAGAGAAAUUCGGUGGACGGGAGGGACGAGAGACGAAGAAGGAGGAGGAGGAGAAGGAGGAGGAGGAGCGUAGAAAGCGAUCAGGAACUGGAGGAUGCGCUUCAGAAUUUGGAGAACGCCGAGAUCGCGGAGGUGGCCCACAUAGAUGGAGACUGGACGAAUACGCCUUGUGCGAAGAGGAUAUUUUGCGACACCAUGAUCCAGAGAGGGCCAGACGCUGUUAUUACGAUGGAGAAGAAAAUGGCCGCCCUUUUGGGCCUAAUUCAACCAGGUGCAGCCAUCCAAGUGUCGAGCCAUUUUCAACAGGUGAUGGACGCGGUGCGAAGACACGAUUGUUCCAGCUUCCUGUGCCCCCAGGCCAGGCCCGGGAACGUCUUCUUCUAGAUCCCUCUUCUAGAUCUUCGGCUCCCCCACUCCUGGAGGAAAGCGGAAAUGAUAAAUCGUCGAUUUCACGAACGCGUUCGGUGAAAGCGUUCGACACUUCGACAGACUUGCUCUCCUCCUCGAAAAUUUCUCAUGGAAAUUUUUUCCUCGAUCGCAAAGAAUCGCAAGAAAAUUUUUGAAAAAAAAUUCGUGGGGC